AUGUUGUGGGAGGUCCCUGAGGCCGCUGAGGUCGUUCGUGUCUGUUGAACGGCUGUGGGAGUCUUGCUGCCUUGGGUAGGGGGUUAAAAUCGUUCUUGAGAGGAACGUCUCUGUGCGAAGAGAUAAUGAGUUUAGCUCUGAGAAGUGAGCUUGUAGUGGACAAAAAGAGGAAAAAAAGAAGAGAACUGUCUGAGGAACAGAAACAAGAAAUUAAAGAUGCUUUUGAACUAUUUGAUACAGACAAAGAUGAAGCAAUAGAUUAUCAUGAAUUAAAGGUGGCAAUGAGAGCCUUGGGGUUUGAUGUAAAAAAAGCUGAUGUACUGAAGAUUCUUAAAGAUUAUGACAGAGAAGCCACAGGGAAAAUCACCUUUGAAGAUUUUAAUGAAGUUGUGACAGACUGGAUAUUGGAAAGAGAUCCCCAUGAAGAAAUACUCAAGGCAUUUAAACUAUUUGAUGAUGAUGAUUCAGGUAAAAUAAGCUUGAGGAAUUUGCGACGUGUUGCUAGAGAAUUGGGUGAAAACAUGAGUGAUGAAGAACUUCGAGCUAUGAUAGAAGAAUUUGACAAAGAUGGUGAUGGAGAAAUAAACCAAGAGGAGUUCAUUGCUAUUAUGACUGGUGACAUUUAAAGAAUUACAAGGAUAAACACUAAGAAUGUUGCAGUUACCAUCUUAUAUUCUAUUUUUGUGCCUGGAGCCAUGUGAAAAAAACCAGCUUAGUUCUUUUAUCCUAAAGGACCAAAAAUAAGCAUCUUGUGUAUUUGUAUUUUACUACUGUUAAGUUUCUUUGUAUGAACUGUGUUGUUAGUACUCAGAUAGUUUAGCUUUGUAUUUAUAAUAGAGCUUUUAUAUAAAGUUUUUAAAAAUUGAAUAUGUGAUAUGUGUUCUUUGAAGGUUUUUUAAUUUAACAUUAAUAAUCGCUUUUAUUUUGGUGCACACGUUUUCCAGACUUUCGUUAAUAAAAUACUUAUUUUAUUAGAAUUUUAAA